CCCUUAUUUGAUAUCAGAAUCCAGCGGAGCCUUCAAUGGAGCCUUCUGAAGAACCUAGUCAGAUUAACAAAGAUAACUUUUUAGAAGUUCCUAACUUAUCUGAUUUUCUUCCUGAAGAUGAAGAAGUUAGGGCUACUUUCAGACCUGGUUUCUCCCCUCAACCUAGUAGACGAGGUUCUGAUUCUUCUGAAGAUGUGUACCUGGACACUCCAUCUGCAGGUACGAGAAGAGUUUCAUUUGCUGACACCUUUGGAUUCAAUCUUGUAUCUGUCAAAGAAUUUGAUUGCUGGGACUUACCAAGUGUUUUAACCAAUUUUGACUUAAGGAAGGACAUUUUCCACCCAGAAGAAUAUGUAUUAUCUCCACUAUUUGACUUACCUUCUUCAGAAGAACUUAUGCAACAACUUCAAGUACAUAAAGCGAUACUGGAGUCAGCUGAGUAUCUUCCUGGGUGUACAAGUAUGAAAGGCAUUAUUCGAGUUUUAAAUAUUUCUUUUGAAAAGUUAGUAUAUGUGAGAAUGUCCUUAGAUGAUUGGCAGACACAUUAUGACAUGUUAGCAGAAUAUGUCCCAAAUUCAUGUGACGGUGAAACAGAUCAGUUCUCUUUUAAGAUUUCUUUGGUUCCUCCUUACCAAAAAGAUGGCAGUAAAGUUGAGUUUUGUAUACGUUAUGAAACUUCUGUUGGUAUAUUUUGGUCAAAUAAUAAUGGUGCAAAUUACAUAUUGGUUUGUCAAAAGAAAGAACAAGAGCUGAAGCCUGUAAAAUCUUGGGAAGGAGUUUCUAAUAGACAAAUAAAAGGCUGUUUAAAGGUAAAAUCAAGUAAAGAAGAAUCAUCAGUAACAUCAUAUGAGAAUAACUUUGAGAAUUCAAAGGUUACAGAUACCUAUAUCCCAAUAAUUGUUUGUUCUCAUGAGGAGAAGGAAGACUUGGAAACUGGUAAUCAAAAUGUAAAAGAUGUAAACAGGGAGCAUGAUGAGCAUAAUGAAAAAGAAUUAAAGCUGAUGGUAAAUGAAUGCUUAAUCAGAAGUUCUGCUUCUAAAGAUGAAAAUAAUACAUUUUCAAAAAGUACAGUCAAUUUUCCAAAUAAAGCUGAAGGGUUAGAGAAGAAGUAUAUUUAUGAUGAAGUACACACUGACUUGCUUAAAAGGACUUUGUCAUCAUGUUCAUCGCCAGAAACCUCCUUAAAGAGAGAUUUUUACCAUGAUGAAAUUUUUUUCUCAGGAAAUGAGUGUAGCCAUCAACCUUCAGAGGAAAUUACUUCAGAUAUGAGAAAAAUCAAGCCAUCGUUGAGAAAUAUUGGCAGUGAUAAAUUAGUGAAAUCACAUAUCAGUAUCAAAGAAGCAUUGGAUGAUAACGCUAAUCCAGAUAAAAGAAGAGGAAGAGUACAAAUAUCUUGUCCCUCCUCAGAUCAACUAAUGGCAAACAACCUUAAUAAAAAACAUGAAGGAGAAGCUAUAAAAAUUAAAAUAAAAGAUUGGGAAUGUUUAAGAAGAGAUUUAUAUUCAGAUUUUCAUUUGGGAGAAUCCAUUGAAAAAGGAUCUUCAAAGAAAGAUUAUGGGAAUGGUACAAAUGAGAAGGAGAAACAUUUAAGUGUUAAUGAAAAACAAAGCAAAUGUCUUCAAUCAAUAUUACAUGACCAAGAGAAGACAAACCACUCUGAAAUAAAUGUGGAUAAGAUUGGAGCUAGUUGCAGGGAACUAACUGUUCUGAUGAGUAAAGAUACCACAGCUUCUGACCAGACAAUCAGAACAGAUUUGUCUCAGUCACCAACAGGAAAUCUAGGUCAGGAAGAAGCUGUGUUAACAACCCCAGAGUGUGACAUCUCAACUAGUAAAGGCACUACUUUAGGAAUGAUGCCUGAUCAAGUUUGUUCAGGAAAUAGAGGUAUUUUGAGAAAUGAUCAUCUUUUCCAAGCUGAAGAAGAAAAUUCAUACGGGAUUAGUCCUGAAGAUCAGAAUAAGAACAAACAGCAUAAACAACCAUGGAAUGUUCUGGAAGGUCAGGAAAAAGCAAGAGAGAGUAAGGCAAAUACAACAGAGCAUAUCAAAGAACAAGCAGAUUGUGAAGACAUGUGGGAUAAAAGAGAUAAUACAAAGAAUUUGAACGCUACUCCUACAGAAAAAUUGUUUACCUGCCAAGAAACUGUGAGCUGUGCACUGUCUUCUCUAACUGAUCAUGAUAUUACUGAGAAAGCAGAAGCAGGUACAGCUUAUAUAAUUAAGACAACAUCAGAAAGUGCUCUAGAAAGCAUGUCUGUUAGAGAAAAAGCAAUAAAUGCUAAGCUAUCUCAAGGGACUGCACAAAAUGACAAGCCCAUUGAGUUAAAGGAAACAGUGUUUGACAUACAUGAAGGGAGAAAGGAUGACUCACAUUAUACCUUUUGUCAAGGAGAUAACAUAAGUAUAAUCUAUGACAAUGAUUUUGAAAAGAAAACACAUUUAGAUAUUUAUAAUGUACAUGUAGAUGAAAUGGAGAGUGACGAAACCCUACCUAUGUACAAUCCUCCAAAGAAAUGUAGCAUUGGAAAUAUAACAUCUGUAGAAGAAUCCUUGCAGGUCUUUAGAGGCAAUCAAAAACCAGACUCAAAACUGAAUUUGUAUUUGAGAAUGUUACCAACAGACAAAAAAACAUUUCCAAAAAGUAGAGAUCAUGGGCAGGUCCAAGAAUUAUCAAAGGGAAUUGAUGUAGGUGCCAUUAUUAAUUCUGCUUUAAAUUCAGACCCUAAUAGGCUGUCUGAGAAUGGCUCUCAUAUUUCCAAUCACUGUGCUAAAACUCCAGUGUCAUCUUAUGAACAGGCAGUUGCUAUAGAGAGUACAGUUACUACCAUGACUCUCCAAUCUAUUCCUUCUAAAUCAGAAUAUAAUUUUAAUCCAUCAAGUGCAGUACAAGGUAUUGAAAAAUACCCACAUCCUUGGGAUAUACCUGAAGAAGUUUCCAAAAGUUCAGGAAUAAUGACAUCAGUUAGAAGAGAAAAAUGUAUAGGUCCGAUUUUCCAACAAGGAAAAUGCAAUGUGAAAAAAUAUUUAGGGCCAAUGGCUUUACUCACCGAAGAUAUUGAAAAUGUAGAAGAGGCAAAACAUAAAAACGAAGGAUUGUUAAAUUCUGAACAAUCACUGUGUUCUCCAAGUGACAAGGAAUCUGAGAGCUCUGCUUCUGCUAAUCUCCAUGACCCAGAAUGUCAAGCUCAAAGCAGUGGAUCUCUGCUUUUGAAAUACAUCAACUCAAACACAUCUUAUUUUCUUUUGUUUCUGAUAUUUCUUGUAACUAUUUACCAGUAUGACUUAAUGAUCAGCUUGGCAUUCUACCUUUUUUUGUUGUACUGCCUAUCUUGGGAUGGGGGGAGACAAAAAAAGUCUGUCAGAAAAAAGUAAACUUGGGAUUACUAUUAUUUUUCUUCAAAGAUAAGCUAUUUAGCCCCAAACAUUUGGAUUGGUGAAAAAGACAAUUCAUUGUUCAAAGAGCCAGUGCGGUUUUUCUCUUAAAGUAUGAUUUUAAAAGGAAUGCAUAUGAAAUUUGCUCCUUCAAUAAGUAAUUAUUCUUUGUAGGACCAUUAUGCUUGGAUCAUUAAAUACCUAUAUGAAUAUGAGACCUGAAGCACAUCAAGUUGAAAUUAGGUACAACUGUUGCUCCUUAGCAGCUUAUGAGUUGCAAUGCUUCAUGUCUCUUCACUACUUAAAGUGCCACUUCUUGCAUUCAUUUCUUUCGCAGUAAAGCUUCAUUUUAUUUUCCCUAAGAGUAUGUUUUCCUCUUUGGUUUUUAAAAAUAAAUAAACCAUUUAGUACUGACCAUGAAUUUGCAUUUUACCACUGUAUGGUUUAUCAGCACAUUUUGAUAGAUUAAAUUUUUCAACUUCAAUUUAAUAUUUUAAGAACAAUACACAUAUGUUAAAAUAUGUAAACUCAAAUUGAAGAAACAUGUCACUUGUUUGAAUUGAAUAAUACUUUGUACACACACAUACCUUUCACCUCCUUUACUUCCUGACUAUAAAAGUCAGGACAUUUAUAAAUCAAAUCUGACAAAGACUGAAACAAUUGGCAGACGAUCUUUCAAUUCUACAAAAUUUUGUGGAUGGGCUGUCUUUAAGUAGUUUUUCUCUCUUAUAAAGGGAGAUUGUGUAACAUAGUUGAAUAAUUACAAUUCCAACUAUUACUCAGAGUGAAAAUUUUAAAGUUCUACAAACAUUGCUUUAACUUUUAUUAAUAAUAAUAAUAAUAGUUUAAAAAUACUUCCAAAUGAACUAUUCUACUUGGUAAUAUUUAUUGUCCUCACAUAAAUUUUUAAUCUCUUCUCACUAUAAGACAAUGAAUUAUUCCUCAAGGUGCAUUUAGAUAACAAACAACUAAUCAUUAGUAAUAUUUAUUAUAUAACUAUCAGGUUGUUAGAAAAAUAACUCAAAUUUUAAACUAAGCAGAUAAGUAGAUAUGGAAAUCUACUGAAGAAGAAAUGAAUAUCGAUUGCAGGCAUGAUUUUGGAUAUUGUUAUUAUCUAGGCUAAGUCUGUGAAAUAAUGGAACUGGUCAUUUAGUCACAUAGGGAUAAUGCAAUCAUUCUUAUACAAGCAAUUUUACUGAUCCGAAGUCAGACGUCUUCUGAAUGACUACUAUAAUUUCAAGUUCCACUGAAAUUAAAUGCUGGACUUUUAACUUUUUAGUUGAACAAAUACAAAUAUCCUUAAACAGAACUUAGCAAAAAUAUUUGAUUCAGAAAGCACAUUUUUAUUAAAUACAAGUGGAAUACUGUAGGUCAUACCUAGAGUGUUCUCUCUAAAAUUGCUGUUCUGCUGACUUUGUUGACAGAUACAAAUUAUAGUGAUGUUAAGGUUAGUAUUUAUUCAGUUCUCAGUAGCUUGGGUUUUUCUUUCUACCUUUAAGAUUUUCAUUCAAAAUACCAUAUCUCCUUAAUGCAAAGAAUACUACAGUACUUCAUGAACACAGGUGCAUAGACUGUAAUAAUUCCUUUAUUCACAAAAGAAUGUAACUUCUUUGAUUUCUUUUAUUUAAUUCUUGGUAACAUUAACUUACUAAACAUUCUCAUACAUAUUUGUUAUAUGACAACCAAAGGAUUUAAAUACUCACUGUAUAUUUCCCUGCCUGCAAUGAAAAAAUGUGACUUAAUUGACUUUUCAAAUAUUACUUAUGAAACAUUUGAAAUAGUCAUAAACUUAUAAAACCAUUGCUGGGUGAAGAGGUAGAUUUUUGAAACAUGACUUAGUCACAUCACUAUGUUGAACAAGAAAAGUAGAUCUCAGGAAGACCUGGCAAAGCCUGGUUAAGAAAGAUUUGAUUGUGAAUCAUUAUGUCAAGGGUGAUCUCUGCAAGCACAGCUGCAUUCACUGUGUCUUCAAAGCCUUAGGUAAGAGCCAAAAGAGGGUGUGUCAUGCAAAUAAGCUAAAAUUCACUGCACAUUUGCUUCUUAUAGUGGGUAAAAAAUAUGAUAUCUGAUAUUCUAACUACGACCUUUUGUCUUGCUGGGCUUCUAUUAGGAACAGAAUUACAAAAAUUAAUUGGCAAGUCUAGCAAGUGUAGAUAGUAAAAUCAUGUUAAAAAUUUACAUCUGUAUAAGACAAAUAUGUUUUUCACCAUAAUAAGAAAUGAAUCAUUGAAAUAACAUUCAUCCCUCAACAUUUAAUAACAUUGGAUUAAUGCAGUUGUGUUUCCCUGCUGAGCUGCAGUAUUUUGAUAGUAAAUUAUUUCAUAGAAUACAUAUAGAUAUACAUAUACAUACAUAUUUUGUUACAAUUUUGUGAAACAGGAUUAUGUUUUAUUUUUCAUCUUAAAUCAGUCUGCUGGUUAAACAUGUGCACCAAAUUUGGGAAAUAAAUAAAAUACUUUAUUUUUUCCAAAUA